CUAAUUAUUUAAAGAAUGUGUAAAAUAUUAUUUGCUAACUAUUUUCUUUUUAAACUUUACAGAAACUUUACUACUACUACUCAUCCGCAAACGAACGGUCAUGGAUAUAUUCAAUUUGACAUAAAUGAUGAACAACCAGAGGAAGCUGCAUCGAAAGAUUUGGACGAACAAAGUAACUCAAAGAAAAACACAGUGCAGGAUGUACUUUCUAGUCUAUUCCCCGAUGGAUUUUCCAAUAUAUUUCGAUUUAUGGGGAGUGAGCCAGAUAGUAAAACUUCCUCAGAAAUGCCCAGAGCCAUAGAAACUACAACAAAUACACCUUUAAUUGAUAGAUUUGUUGGUAAAACUAGCUCAACAACCAACGCUCCAUCGAAAAAUGGCACAUAUUAUAGCUACCAAACAACCGUGACGAGGGAAUAUCGACGUGAAGUGCGUCCAGGACAUACGCAAAUUGUUGUUGAGAAGAUAAGUAGUGCUGAUAAAAAACCAGUAAGCAGUAAUCAAAUAUCGCAGAAUGAUCUGCUACUCAUUAAUCGUGCAGCUGUGACAUCUCCAGUGCUGCCAAGCAUGCUGUUGCAUCCCGAGAACGAGGAUAAUGAGACUCUCGUCGCUGCCGAGAGUGCACCCAUUGUCAUUCUAGGUCAACAUGAAUCCGACAUAGACGAAGUCGAAGACAUAGAGGAUAAUCAGAUAGCCGAGACUCAAAACAUGGAAGAGACGCAUGUUUAUCAUCAUCAAGAGCCAAACAUCCAAACACACUCUUCGAUUCACCCUAUGGAAAGCUACAGUCAUCAGCAUCAGCAAGGACCAGCCGAGAAUCAGAAGUUUAAUGUACAUAUUGACCAUAACAUUUCUCCCGCCAAGAAGGAGGAUACUCCAAAAUCACAUUCCCAACAAGUCUUGCAUCAAUAUCAAGAUCAGGAGGCUCCCUCCAGACAGUUCUUGAAAACUUUCAAGCCUGUCGUCUCUGGUAGUGCCGAUGGACCCAUACCGAAGGGUGUCUUUCAUUAUGAGUCCAGCAACCUGCCGCAACAAUCUAAUUGGAAACAAGCAAAGGAAGUCAACUAUUAUAAGGAAUAUGAAGACCGACAUCAUGAUCAGUCGAACUCAAAGGGAAUUCAUUCCAAGUUGAACACAAAGGCAAUUGCAUCAGCUUCUAAAGAUGAUGCUGCUUCAGGGCCGUCUAACUACGGUGGUCCCACUCCCAGUAGUCUAUUAUAUAUUACACUAACUCCUUCGAAGGAUUCUCAUACUAAUCACGCAGCUGAGAAGCCCUCUUUUCCAAAGCCACACGAUUAUGUCUCCGAAGCAGCUGCAGAGCCCUCUCAACAUCAUGUUCAGAAGGUUAUCUCGCCUAAAGCCAACAAUGCGGACACUCAGCUACUGGUUAAACCUAACGGAUACACCUUCGUUGAGGUUCAAAAAUCUGUAAACAUUCACAACAAACUGAUUACCGAAAAAGACGGACAGUUGGUAGAAAUGCAUGAGACUAUUUACAAUCCGUUGCCUUACCAACAGAAACCAUUUACAUCAAAUUACAGCCCAAAGGAAUAUGUGUCUGGAGCAUCUGAAGUGAAACCUGAACCUGCCAAGAAUUACGAUUCCUUAGCCACUCAUCCCAUCAAUGUUGAGCAAUUGGAGUACGAGAGCUUACCACAAGAAUCGGCUAAUCACGAUGCUGAUUCUGCAUCGUCAAUUUCUCAAAACGCAAUUCCAUAUUCCCCGCCAGUUGAACUAGUUGAAAAGAUCGUCGAUCAACCAGUUAAGGAAAUUGUUGAGAAGCACAUUCCCGUUCCAUAUGCUGUUCCCCAACCCAUCGCUGUGCCAGUUCACUUCGAACACUAUGUGGAUCGUCCAUAUCCUGUGGAAACUAUUGUCGAACAGCCUAUACCCUAUCCCGUAGAGACAAUAGUUGAAAAGAUCGUCGAGAAGAAAGUGCCAGUCGAAGUCGAGCGCAUUGUGGAGAAGCCGAUAGAGAAGAUUGUCGAAAAGUAUGUAGAUCGACCUAUGGCUGUUCCAAUUCAUGUGCCUGUCGCUAUCCAUAUGCCAAUGCCACCAAGUCAUUUGCCCAUCUCAAACCUUGGACCCCAUCAAAAUGCAUUGCAUCCGUGGGCUCAUGCCCAAGUUUCGCAUAUCCCACCCAAGGUGCUACAGAACUAUUACACGCGUAUGCUGAAAAAACUUUUGCCUUAUUUUAACUCCCCACAAAAUCCUGCAGUGAACCAAGCACCAAAGUCAGCAGUAAAUUCGAUAACAAAAGCAACGCCCUUGAAGCCCCCAAUCAAUCCAGUUCAUGGUGAUGCACCCAAGGUGGCCACUUUCAGUCUGGCUGACAUGCGCUUCGAUCUACGCCCACCGCCACCUCCCUCAGGUUCCACAUGGUUACAGGGUGCCCGUUAUAUUUACAACACUUUGCCGGCGGACUUGUCAACAGCAGCGGCCUCUGCUCCUGUAAACAUGGUCAAGUCCUACAUAGGUCCAGUGCCAACGACAAGCACAAACCAUGAGAACAACGGCAACGACUUUGAUGAAUUUAAACGUUGGCGAAGUGGCCAUACUCUGAAGCGGAGUCCCGACUUUAGUCGCAAUCUGCACAUGGAAUAUGGAUUUAAGCCACCGCUUGUGCCUUCGGUUGAGAUUGACGACAAGGGCAUGCCCUUGAAGCAACCGGAUGCUGAAGUUCAGUAAUGGAAUCAUUUUCAUAUGCUAAGAAGUGGAUUAGAAAAGCGUGCCAAAACAUAUACAAAUAUAGCUAUUAUUAUUUAUACAUAUUAUUUCAAAACCAUUUAAUAAAUGUAUAUUAUACCUGCCAGUUUUCCCGCAGAAACAUUAUUAAUUUGUCGAAGUUUUUUUUCAAUUCGACAAGAAAUCUUGAAACUAAUAAUAACUC